GAUAACUUCGAUUCUCUGUCAUUGCAAGCGUCUGUGCUGAAGAUCACAACACUUUUUUUUUCGAAGUUACAACAACUCUUUCGAUGUUUGUGUCAGAUACUAACAUUUUCCCGUCUUCUGACAUGAAGAUUAGGGUUACCUGUCCAGAUGGCACCGAUAUAAUCCUAUCAGUAUGUCCAGAUUCAAAAAUUGACACCUUGAAAGUUGCAGCUCUUGGAAACCUUUUGCAGGAUCCAACUGGCAGCAUGAAGGAAUCAUUGUAUUACAAGGUUGUACUGGUCAGGACUUGCAAAUCAUUAGAAGAUGAUAAAACACUUGCUGAACAAGAUGUUCAAGAUAAUGAUGAAGUUUUGCUGCUAAAGAGAAGACUACAGCCAUCACAGUUUGAGAAAGGGGCAGACAAAGCUACUCUGAUGGCUAUGUUUCAGAAGUCUGAAGAAGCGAAGCGAGGCCCAAAUGCCGAGGAAAUAAAAAAAGCAACAUCAUCAGUACAGAGGUUUGAGAAACCAGCCACAAGUUCUUCCGUUCUUGCCACUGCUAUAGAUUUUCAGACGGAGUUGCGGAAAAUUCUGAUAUCCCUUAUUGAGGUAUCACAGAAACUUCUUUGCCUGAAUCCAGAAGCCUCAAAAAUAUUUUCACAAGCUGAAGAGAUACUUAGUGAACAACCACAGGUGAGCAAGAUAGAUGAAGACUGUGUUAAACAGCUUACUGAUAUGGGCUUUCAGGAGAACAGAGCUAAAAAGGCUCUGUUACUUAACAAGAUGUCUGUUGUAUCGGCUAUGGAAUGGUUGUUGCAGCAUGAGAAUGAUCCAGAUAUAGAUGAUCCAUUACCACAGGAGUCUUCAGAUGAGGAGAAAGAUGAUGGUGCUGUCGGGGGUCAGACAGGAUUGCCAGCAAAUGCUAGUACUUCUGUAGAUGGACAGAUAGCAUCACCUUGUAGAGUCUCUAAUAUUCUCAAGUCACUGAGAGCAUAUAGAAAACGAGAAUUUAGGCCAAAUCAAAAGACAUUACAACAUUUAAUGGAGAUGGGCUUUGAUGAAAGUGAUGUAAUAGAUGCUCUACGUGCCACCAGAAACGAUGGCGAAGCUGCUUGUGAAUUAUUGAUCAGUAACAAGAAGCCACCAUCCGAAGAUGUAGAUGAGGGAAUAGAUCAUGAUAGUCCAUUGUUUAAAGCCAUCAUGGCCAACUCUGUUGUACAGCUAGGUUUAAAUAAUCCUAGAUGUUUACUAGCCUUUAUACAGAUGUUGGAGCACCCCCACACUGCCAAUCAGUGGUUAAGUGAUGCUGAAACUGCCCCACUUCUAGUCCAAGUCUCGCGUAUAUACCAUGCUGAGAAACAUUCACAACAACAACAAAAACAUGAAGAAAACCAAAGACAACAGAAAAAAUCUAGAUGAUACUGUUUUGAAUAGUUAAACUUUGUAAUAUUUGCAAAAAGUCAUGACAUGGUUCUUGGUAAUACAUUUCGAAGAACAUAAAGCAAGGGAUGAAAUUCUGUAAAGCAAAUACCUUUCAUGACAGAUAUUUGGAGGAUAUCUUAAACUUUAUAGUAUUGAUCAGAAGAGAGAUCAGCCACUGAAUUGGUCAUAGAUCUUUACAAGAGGAAGUGGUCAGGAGUCCAAGGUUCAGGCUUUCAUUUUACAGUUAAACCUCCCGUAGUGGACAUCUGUACUGAGCAGCCACUUUCCAUUAGCAGCCAGUCAACUAAGGUCCCAAAUUGUACUUUUGCUCUAAUUCCAACAUUUACCUGCCUUAACCCUUACCCUGCUAAAUUUCUAUAAUGAACUUUUCCAUCUUUCAAUUUGGACAGUUCCAUUAACUGUUAAAAGGGGUGCUUACCAAAAGAUACUCACUGAAUGGCGAACAGUGCAGAUCAUGAUCAGUCUGCACGGAUGUCGCAAAGGCAGAUUCAGUCGUGUCCAGCAUUAUAAGGGUUAAACAGUCUGAAUGUGUCUUUCCCUUGGCUUUGUAACUGGUAUAAAUUUAACAGUAAAGAUUCAGCAGUAAUCAACCUUAAUUGAAAAAGAUUAUGUAUCUUAUGCAAAAUACAGACAUUUUUCAUUAUACCAGUAUCCUCAUAAUAUAGUAUCACUGCCAUGAACCAUGUUAGUAUUUUACAGGUGUUUGUUAUGCAGAAGCUUUAAAAGUGCCAAUUACUAUGCAAUAUUAAUUUUAUGACCUAGAGUUUACCGUGUUGCUUAUUAUAGAUAUAUGUAUAUGAUGUAAUAAGUUAAAUUUUGUUAUUGAAAUAUAUUUGCUUUUUAUGUGAAAAUAUAGUUUUUUGUUAUCAAACUUCA